UUUCAUUCACUUUGCCAGCUCAAUCGCUCGGUUAUACCAUCCUCCAACUUUCAUUCAAGAUGCAGCUCUCUACCUUCGCUACCAUCCUUGGCCUCGUUUGUGCCGCCAUUGCUGCCCCUCAGGGCCAUGAGGGCGGCGAUGACCACAGCCACGGCGGAGAACACCCCGCCGUCGAGCGCUUCUGCUGUGCCUACAACACCUACCCCCCUGGUGCUACCUACAAGCCCUCCGGCAGCCAGAACCCCAUGGGAUGUGCCAAGACGAACGGCGCAUGCGGUGUUGACUUCCCCGUUCCCUGGACCUGCCCCGUUGCCUCCGGCGAUCGUGAUUGGCAGGUAAGUCUUCCUUUGAAACUAUCGCUAUGCAUAGUACAAUACUAAAACCGUGCGCAGGCUUG